AUGGCCGUUACUCGCAGUCAACGUCGUACGCCCUCACCAGCGCCAGAUACCCGCGGCAAGAAGGGUAAUGGGGAGUAUCCUACGCCAGCCAGGGUAAGGGUAUUCCAAAUGCGUACAGAAUUGGGAUAUUCAGCCAAAUCCGUCGAAAAAGAGACUGGUAUACCAAUUCGAACCCAGGGCUAUUGGCUACGAAGUCAUAAUGAACGCCGUACAGGCAAAAAUCGACCAGGGAGACCCUCAAAAAUCCCUGGAGAUACUCUUGAUCAAAUUAUUAAAGACCUAGCAGGUCAUUAUAGCAUUCGCAAGCUUGAUUAUGAGACGCAAAUCAAGCGCUAUAACCUCAAUGUUUGCGUCAAUACUCUUCGAACAGCUCUGCAGCAACAAGGCCUCUGA